CAGAAAAGCAGUCCUGCAAUCUCAACCAGUCUGCGCUUCCCUGCAGGAUUAUUUCAAGUCAGGCAAGCAAGGCUGUGGCUGGGGCGAGCGGGGCGAGGAGGCGGCGCCGAGGACAGGAGCGCCACUAGACCGAAGAAGCUCGCUCUGGGGGAGGACGUCCAGAAAGAGGCCCCAGGAGGCCUGGGGAGGGUGCUGCUUCAGUGGAUCCCUCCUAGGACUUGGAGAGUAAACGGCGAGAAGUGUGUGUGUGUGUGUGUCUGUGUGUGUGCGCGCGCGCACACCUGUUUGUGUAAUUCAUCCUCCACCGCAGGGGAGCCCGGAGUACUGUUACACACUGGCGCCUAUACAUGUUUCAUCUGUUGCUCUGAGAACAACACCCCCUAUUCCCUACCCCCCACCUCUUUGUUAUGUGAUAUAAGCCCUCCUGGGACUUGCCUCCACCGUACCUCCUGCCAGGGAGAGCCAGGCCUCCGUUCGUCUCCGCGCCGCGUUACCGGAACGCUCGCGCCAGGAAGAACCGAGGACCCGCUGCGUGGCAGCACGUGGAGAGCGCGUCAUGGGAACGAGAGGCAUCGUCGCCUCGAGGGAGAGAACUAGAUAGAGCCGAGCGCCUUCGUACGGGAGAAUCUUUCGUGGAUUGACGCUCGUACGCCCGGUUUCCUCCAUCUGCUCUUCGCCGGUGGCCUGCCGAUCGCUUCUCGCUCCCUCUGUUGAGCGGAAGGAAGUUGUGCGUCCAAGAGCGCCGCGCCAUGACCGAAACGCUCCGGCUCCCGUCGUUCCAGGUGCAGGUCCCGGGGGACUGUGGCGGGCUAAGCCCGGGGGCUGCGGACGGGUCUCUCUUCGGGGCCGAUCUGGCCCGGUCCAGCUCCUCCACUCCCACGCUGCGACGCCGCCGCUUCAAGAUGCGUCGCACGAAGAACGUGCUGAGCGAGACGGAGGUGUCGGGAGAUGGGCCGGUGCGCCGCGCCCGCUCCGGGUCCAAGGAGUACCUGCAACUUCCCUCCAUUGAGAUUACGCCCUCGAGCGAUGAAGACGCACCCUGGUCCAACUGCUCCACGCCCAGCGCCUCGCCACGUCGUAAACGCUUCCUGCUCAAGAAAUGGCUGAAGGUGCGUGAGAGGAAGGAGCACGGCAGCGAGAGCAGCAGCCAGCAGAGCAGUCAACAGAGCAGCCAUGACGACGACUCGGCUCGCUUCCUGACUCCAUUCAUUCGCGAGGAAAGAUCUGAAAGCGGAGUGGACAAGUUCAGCACUGCCAGUAACUCGAACCGGAGCACCCCCGCUUGCUCGCCCAUCCUCCGCAAACGCUCGCGCUCGCCGACGCCCCAGAGCCUGGAGGGCGAGAACAUGGUGGAGAAGGGCUCGGACCACUCCUCCGACAAGUCCCCGUCAACGCCCGAGCAAGUCGUCCAGCGCAGUUACUCCGUGCAGUCCUCGCGUGGCGGCGGAAAGAACUCCAAGAAAAGCCAGAGCUGGUACAAUCAUGAAAGACAGCACCUCCUGAGAGUGUUGAGUCCCACAUACAAGCAGCGCAAUGAGGACUUCAGGAAGCUCUUCAAGCAGCUGCCGGACACGGAGCGGCUCAUCGUCGAUUACUCCUGCGCUCUGCAAAGGGACAUCCUCCUGCAGGGCCGCCUCUACCUCUCGGAGAACUGGAUCUGUUUCUAUAGCAACAUCUUCCGCUGGGAAACGCUGCUGACGGUACGACUGAAGGACAUCUGCUCCAUGACGAAGGAGAAGACUGCACGUCUCAUCCCCAACGCUAUCCAAGUUUGCACUGACACUGAAAAGCACUUUUUCACCUCGUUCGGCGCCCGGGACAGAACAUACAUGAUGAUGUUCAGGCUGUGGCAGAACGCCCUGUUGGACAAGCCCCUGUGCCCCAAAGAGCUGUGGCACUUCGUCCACCAGUGCUAUGGGAACGAGUUAGGUCUGACCAGCGACGACGAGGACUACGUGCCGCCCGAUGACGAUUUUAACACCAUGGGGUACUGUGAGGAGAUCCCAGUCGAAGAGAACGAAGUCAACGACAACUCCUCCAAGAGCAGCGCGGAGGCCAAGCCUGACGUGAGCCCACAGCUGCCCAAGAAGUCCUUGACCAACAGCACCAUCACCUCCACUGGCAGCAGCGAGACACCCAUCUCUUCCUCACCCCCGCAGUUUGACCUCCUUUCGGAAGAGUACGCGGACUGCCUCCCGGAUGGAGACCUGCUCUCCAUCCCGCUACCAGAUGACACAGCCAAUGAGCCCAGCGGCCCUGUACCCUCUCCCUCGUUAGACUUCAACGACAAUGAGGACAUUCCCACGGAGCUGAGCGACUCCUCAGAGACGCACGACGAAGCUGGAGAAGUGCAGGCCUUCCAUGAUGACCUGAACGGGCGACAGUACAUCAAUGAGGUGUACAAGUUCAGCGUGGACAAAUUGUACGACAUCCUGUUCACCGAGUCGCAGUUCAUGAGCGACUUCAUGGAGCAGAGGCGGUUUUCCGACGUGGUGUAUCAACCCUGGAAGAAAGAGGAGUCGGGAAACCAGACGAGGGAAAUCAUGUACACCAUCUCCCUGUCGAAUCCACUGGUCCCCAAGACUGCCGCAGUCACCGAGACACAGACGUUGUACAAGGCCAGCCAGGAGAGCGUGUGCUACAUCAUUGACUCAGAGGUGAUCACGCACGACGUCCCCUACCACGACUACUUCUACACGCUGAACCGCUACAUGUUGACGCGCGUCGCCAAGAACAAGUGCCGGUUGAGGGUGUCCACAGAGCUUCGCUACCGGAAGCAGCCCUGGGGACUCGUCAAAGGUUUCAUCGAGAAGAACUUCUGGAGCGGCCUGGACGAGAACUUCCGCCAUCUGGAGCUGGAGCUGUCCAAGGUGGAGGAGGCUGUAACGGAGCCGCGGCGGCAGUCCCCCAAGGCCAAGGCAGUGAAAACGUCAUCAAGCCGACGAAGAAAGCGGCCCCUCGCUCACCUCCGCACCCAGCACCUGGACGAUACGCUCAGCCCCGUGACCACUCCCUCCGACAAGGAGGUCAUCCACCGAAUCAAACACGUGGCAGGCUCCACUCAGACGAGACACAUCCCCGAGCAUGUGCCCAGUGGCCUGGCGCUCUACAGCGUCUCCAAGCUCCUGCUCUUCAUCAGCUUUGUGAUCUGUUUAAGUUUGGUCUUACUGGUGUUCCUCAACAUGAUGCUGUUCUACAAGCUGUGGAUGCUGGAGUACACCACGCAGAACCUGAACACCUGGCAGGGCCUACGGCUCCACGAGAGCAAACUGCCGCAGACGCAGACAGAGUGGACGCAGCUACUGGAGUCGCAGCAGCGUCACCACGACGCCGAGCUGCAGAAGUGGCGGGAGAUCAUCAGGUCCUCCGUCCUGUUGCUGGACCAGAUGAAGGACUCUUUGUUAAGCCUCCAGAAGGGCAUCGGCUUGAGAGACUACAGCUCAGAAGCGGAAGACAAACGGAGUCGCUACCACUGACACGCAGUUGGCAGGCCGAGAGGGAUCCGUGUGCAAUAAAUAACAUAAAUAUAUACGUGUGCAAGUCUGUGAGAGUAUCUGUACCGGACCGAAGCGACGGAGGAAGCGACCGCCGCUCUGCCACCACCCAUCGAGACAAGGUGCCCCCCUGCGGCCAGCUGCUCACAGGACAUUUCCUGGCUGCCAACAGGAAGCGGAAGCGGGGCAUUGCCAGCACCGAGGCAUGAUGGGAAGGCGGCGGCAUCAUUCAGCUCGGUCUACCCUUUUUAAUUCAUUUUGUUCUUCUUUUCCUUUCCAGAAUGUUCUGCUGUAACCGUGUACGAGGGGG